AAAUGCCUGAGCACGUUUGAGUACGUUGAGUGACCAUGCAGCGCGUUCGCCGUCAUGUAGUGAAUCGUUGACCCGCCGAGGAUUUAUUUCGGAGGAAUGAAAGUUUAAAAAGCGUUAAAGGAGGACAACAUGGCUGUGCGGGAGGAAGGAGAGGUUUUGCACAGUAAAAUCAGACAGCACGAUGGUGUUGUCGGCAAUGCAAACAGCGCGGAGGGCUUCAGGAACGGCUAUGUGAAGAGCUGCGUCACUCCGUUAAAACAAGACCCUCCGAGGAGCUUUUUAUUUAACGUCUGUAGGUUUUGCGACGGGGAUAUCCUCAACUCCAAACUGUUCCGCGGCUCGGCUCCGUAUGUGGGAGCGCUGGCGGUUUUGGCGCUCUCCUUUUUAAUUUCCAAGAGCUUUCAAAGUGAACGCGGCGUUUCGGAGCUAACGUUACGGACUUUUCUGUUUGAUUUCUCCCAGUCCAUCAGCCCUUUAUUUAGCAUAGGCUGCGCUUAUUUCUUCCUGACCCUUUAUCUGAGGAGGAAAAAGAGGGAAAGCAGCAGCUGUUGGCUUUUGUCCUUACCAGCAUCAUGCUAUUUGGGGGAUUGGAUGGUUUUGCGCUUUUUGCAGUGGGGAGAAGAGCAGCAUCAGAUGCAGAUGAUGGGCAGGUUGCUGUUUGUGUUGGGCUGCGUGGGUCUGCUCACUCUUAUCCCCUCUCUCAAACUCAAACACAGCGUCCUGAUUCUGGUGUUCGCCAGCCUGGUGUGGCUGCUGUCCCUCACCAGCCUCGGCUGCCUGUCUCCGUCUCUCAGGCCGGUGCUGGCGUGUAUGGCGGGGGUCUCCGGGUCUUUCCUGGCGCUCUGUUUUGACCGCUAUUACCCACCGAGGGAGACGGCCAACAGGAUUCCCAACGCGGAGGAGAAAGUUCCCGUGAUCAGACCGAGGAGAAGGUCCAGCUGCGUUUCUUUAGGAGAAACGCCAAGCAGCUAUUAUGGCAGUUGUAAUAAGAUGCCCCGCAGACCUUCACUGCCGUGUAUAUCCAGAGAACAGAUGAUCCUGUGGGACUGGGAUCUAAAACAAUGGUACAAGCCGCAAUAUCAGGGUGCAGUGAGUGGGAACGGUGUAGAUCUGUCUGUGAUAAACGAAGCCAGGAAUCUGGUCUCAGAUCUGCUGGUGGAGCCCUCUCUCUCGCCCCACGUCCUCUCCUCACUGCGCAGUGUCAGCAGUCUCAUGGGAGCUUUCUCUGGGUCCUGCCGGCCACGGGUCAACCCCUUUACCCCAUUCCCUGGUUUCUACCCCUGUCAUGAAGUAGAUGAUACCUCAGAGAGAGGAGAGAGAAAGCCACUGAAGGGCAUGAGCAGCCGGAACAGCCUACCCACCCCUCAGCCGAGGCGCAGUUCAACCUCUUCUUCUCUUCCCCCACCGGAGACUUCCUCAUUACGCUGGGAACGCACCAAUGGGAAGAGAUCUCACUCUGAGCUCAGCAGCCCGAGUUGUGUCUCUAAUGGGCCGAAUAGCAACCUGCUGACUAUACCUAAACAAAGAUCCUCCUCGAUCACCCUCUCCUACGGCCACACCAGAAGACCAGGUGCCUCUCCCAGCCUGAGUCCCGUCAGUUCGCCGUCUCACUGUCCCCCUGCUGUUCCCGGCUCAUCUCUGGUCACACGCUCUCCGGUGGAGUUCCCCGACACAGCUGAUUUCCUCACCAAGCCCAGCAUCAGCCUGCACAAGCCGCUGAUCUUUACUCUGAGCUCACCUGAUUUUCAGCAGCAGUAUCGCAGCCCAGUCUCGACCCCCACGUGCACCAGUUGUGGCCGACAGAUGCUAAAGGGUGUGGCCAGUGUGGAGGUGGGCGAUCACCCAGCAGCCAAUGAGAUGCAAAGAACACGCUCAGCUGAAAGCGCUGAGUACGGAGCGGAAAACCUGAUUCGAGAGGAGAGCUUGGAGGCAGAGUCUCAGGAGGAGAGAUCCUCAGACACAGCGGGGGAGAAACCGAGCCAGCCCGAGGACGAGGAACAGACCUCCAGUCCCGAGCAGUCCUCACCGGAUCGUGAGGGAGGAGAGGAGUUCAAGCUGGACCCCAUGCUGUCGGAGCAUGAAGCUCUCAUGGAGAAGAUGGACACCUGGAACUUCCAGAUCUUUGAGCUGAUGGACAUGACAGGAGGGAAGACUGGCAGGAUUCUCAGCUAUGUGGCGUACACUUUGUUCCAGGACACGGGUCUGUUCGAGAUCUUCAAAAUCCCCGUCCGGGAAUUCAUGACGUACUUUUGUGCUCUGGAGAACGGCUAUCGUGAUAUCCCCUAUCACAACCGCGUCCAUGCCACUGAUGUCCUUCACGCAGUGUGGUAUCUAACCAGCCGACCAAUCCCGGGCUUUCAGCAGAUCCAUAAUGAACAUGUCACAGGAAGUGAUACAGAUUCAGACAGUGGAAUCUCUCCAGGCAGGGUGGCAUAUGCCACGUCCAAAAGUUCCUCUUUCUCGGAUGACAGUUAUGGCUGCCUGGCCUGGAAUGUCCCUGCGCUGGAGCUUAUGGCACUCUAUGUAGCAGCUGCUAUGCAUGACUAUGAUCACCCCGGUCGCACAAAUGCCUUUCUUGUAGCCACUAAUGCUCCUCAGGCGGUGUUGUAUAAUGACCGUUCAGUUCUGGAGAACCACCACGCAGCCUCUGCGUGGAGCCUUUUUCUUUCCCAGCCUGAGUUCAACUUCCUUGGCAACUUGGACCACGUUGAGUUUAAGCGCUUUCGAUUCCUAGUGAUCGAGGCCAUCCUCGCCACUGACCUGAAGAAGCACUUUGACUUCCUAGCUGAGUUUAAUUCCAAGGUUAAUGAUGUGAAUAGUCCAGGCAUCGACUGGACUAAUGAAAAUGACAGGUUGUUAGUGUGCCAAGUGUGCAUUAAGCUGGCAGAUAUCAAUGGGCCAGCCAAAGACCGCAGCCUUCACCUUAAAUGGACAGAGGGUAUCGUCAAUGAGUUUUAUGAGCAGGGUGAUGAGGAGGCCACUCUAGGAUUACCCAUCAGCCCCUUCAUGGAUCGCUCUUCGCCACAGUUAGCAAAGCUGCAGGAGUCUUUUAUUACGCACAUCGUCGGGCCUCUCUGCAACUCCUAUGAUGCUGCCGGUCUACUGCCAGGACAAUGGAUUGAUGAGGAAGGCUCAGACGAUGAAGAGGAAACGGAAGACAUUGAAACCGAAGAUGAAGAGCUGGAGGACGAUCUUGAACCAAAGAGAAGAAAAGGGCGACGUCGGUUGUUCUGCAACAUCAUGCAGCACUUAACAGAGAACCACAAGGUGUGGAAGAAAACUAUCGAGGAAGAAGAGAAGGCCAAAGAGCUGGAGAGCCCCAGCCUUCCUCCAUCCACCUCCUCUGACGUCAUCCAAGAGGAAGCCGAAGAGGAGGAGCGACAGUAGCAGGAGCAAGGUCAAGAAAUGAAGCUCGUUGAAGGGCUUAAAAAAGUGAAUGACCCCUCCCUCUUUUUACCUAAACACACACAUAUUGACACCCAGAGGAAGACCCCGUCGGAUCUUCCGCGCUGAAAUUAGUCACUGUGCCGACACUCUGAAACUAAUGCAGUUCACAUUGUGUUGAAAAAAAGGCCUUACUACUGUGAGAGGACCCUCGAUGGGAACCCCACUCCUAUGCACUUUCACCCCAUGGAGAAGCCGCAGAGAAUAAACACAGCUUUGAAGACUCCGAAUUGUGUCGUGAGAUUCAAAGGAGAGAAGAAAGCAGGCACGGUGAUGAGUCGUCCCGACUGUGAUGAGCUUUUAACUCUCCCGUAGGUACUUAUAAAGUCAAAUAUGUUGCAGGAGUGACUAGAUAAAGGAGACUAUGAUGUAGUUGACACCUGUUACCAAAGCGAACAGUUCAAUAAUAUGGAAAGACCGAGACUGAGGCCGUCUGAGGCUCAGUGUCAGGAAGCAUAACUCAAAAUGUGCCUGUCUGAACUUUUAGUAUAUACACAAUAUACAUUUAUUUUUAUUGUGGUCCAGAUAAUGGACUGUGUACGCUGCACUGUACGUGCAGUCCCCAAAUCAUGCUGGCGACACAAAACACUGUAUUACAGAGUCACCAAGUGGAAAUGCUGACAUUUUGACCGGAAAAAUGACCUGACUUAUGCAUCGUUUUGGAUGCUUUUUGUUCAUGUACAUCACCUUUCUGCAGUUUGUUUAUGUUGAUUUUUAUUUGCGUGUUUGUUUUCCAUUUGUGGUGUUUCUUUGGUUUUGUUUUUGUUUAAAGGAACGCCGAGUUGCCAAUUGAAUUUUCUCUAAAGUCCAUCUGUGGACGAGGCAUAGCGAACGGAACAGGAAAGCCGUUCAGAUGAAGGGACGUUUUUCCUUUUUUAUGUUGAAAUAGAUAUAUUUUUUCACAGUUACUCAGGAUUCAUGUGAAGGAUCAAUCCUCGUUUUGCGAAAAUUUAAGUCUGCGAUUUCACAAUGACUUGCACGUUCUUUUCAGAGGUGAAACGUUUCUAUUUUUUGUAUGAAGAACUUUAAAAUGAUUAACAAACUUAAGAUGCUCCCUUAAAAGUGCAGUGUACUGGAAAUUAACCCAUGUCCUUAUCUGCUGCUCCAGACCAGUAUAGCCAUGUUUAUUUUUUCCAAAGACCCCCUGAUAAGAAUUGGGAUCCAGCUGUGAAAAUGAACUGUUUGUUCGAGUUAUCACGUAUGUCAUAGACUGAACAUUGAUUUGGGGUUACUUUAUGUUUGGCAUUAUUUAAGAACACAGUCACAUGCUUAACGCGUAAUCUGGCCAGUGCAUAAAUCUAAUCUAAGGUUUCACACUUUUAUUUUAUAUUUUCUUAUUCUUCACCAUAAGGCAGGUUUAAUACUAAAAGUUCUAUAUAUUUUUGGUCUGAAGCAAGAACUCUAGGCAUUCCACUAGAAUAACGGUGGGAGUUUGGAGAGGGGAGAGAGACUGACUCGCUUUCGGCCUAUUCCUCUCUUCCUCACCUCACCAAAACUCAUUUGGUCUCUGUAGAAGUUCUCAAGUAGGCAGUGUAAAUCAAGCUAGUAUAUUUAAGAGAAUAUGAUAUUAAUGUGCACAUUUUACUACCAAACAAGUGUUUAACCUCUGCACAGAAAGAAUACUUGCAUAUAUAAAUAUAUAUAUAAUAUUAUAUAUUUUUUAAUUAAUCAGCAAUGCGUCUGUUUUCUACAUACAGCUGACAUAUAUUGUACAUUGAGAACAUGUAAUGAUCAUCUUGUUUCAGGAGUUUUUAAAAAUCUGAUGCUAUUUACAGAUGUGGAUGUGUUUGGCUAUUGUGUUUUUCAGUUUUUGGUUGAGAUUUGUUUUUUCUUUUUGGGUGCACUGUCUUCGUGUUCCUGCUCAUAACCACUCUUCGUCGCAAGCCCCUUCUAAAGAUUGCCGUUGGGAACCACGAGCUCCUAACGGCGACGCCAGAUGCCUCUCGAUCCCCCGUGUGGGUUUGCUCAUCAGUCACUUUUGGCCUGUGCUCAGGGUGUGUUCUGUGUUGGGGGCUUGUGUGCACCCAAAGCAGCUUGUGGUGCUCUCUCCCUCUGUCCAUGUUCAUCAUUUCUUGAAUCCAGGACUUCAGCAUCAUCAUCCCUCACCUCACAUCACUGAGCUCACCCCAGCUGUGCUCAAACGCACACCCUGAACGUCAUUCAGGUUGUGAAGGAGGGUAACGGCGGAUCAGAGCAUCGUCCACUCGCUCGACCAUGGACGGUACCUCGCUUUGGGGGUUCAUUGGAUCACAGUGACCUCUUAUGUUCUUGUCAUCAGUACUUGUACGAUGGCAUUCAACUUUUUUAUGUAGCAUUUAGAUAGCAAUGUCUGAUGUAACCAUUCAGCCUCUUCAGGGUUCUUGGGGAAAAUUGACUUUUUUUGUUAUUAUUUAUAGCUGUCAUAAAGCACCAUCCCUGAAUAAUAUUUCCUCUCUCUUUCUCUCUUGAUUUGUUUGCGUCAUGUUAUUGUCUGCUUUGUGAUAUUCAUUCUAGCACAUGUGUACAUGUUAUAGGAACCAUUGAAAAUUUUGUACAAUUUAGCGUUUUAUUGACGUCUAGUCAUAGUCAUAGUCAAAACUACUAAGUAAGGGGAUCAUGUAACAAAUGUUAAUUCCAAUAUUUUAGGAUCUCCAAAGUAACCUCCAUUUGCUCUCAAUAAACACCAUCAGACAUCACCUGGAUUUUUUAAAUGCAUUAAAGUGUUCCCGUAGCUCAGUUGGUAAAUGCGU